AUAAUUGAUUGUUUCUCUUUUGCUUCUAAUGGGAUGUGAGUUUGGGCACAUCUCUAAGUUUAAAUGAAACUUAGAAUAACACCUUGGUGUUUGAUGCAUUUGCACACAAAUCAAUGACACCACAUCCCACCAGCAGCCCGAGGAUUCAAUGCCCACUCAUCUGGACGUUCUAGAAUUAAUAUUUGAGUACUGGAUCAUUGAAACAACCACCCUUGACCUUCUGCAAUCCCACUGUCACAUUAUUCUAUGACAUAUUCAUCUUGAAUUCAUUUCCAGACAAUUUGAUUGGGAUGAGGUUUGACAUGUAUUGGCUUCCAUGAAAGAAGUGUACUUUGAUCUUGGUGAUGGGGUUUUACAUGAUAUGCAUCAUCUUUACCAGGGACACCAGCCUUCUGCCAUGUGGCUGUGACUAUGUUCCCACAAUGUGCUGUCUGAACCAAGAUGACUGACAGGCACUCCUCUGUCAGAAAUACCUUCAUUGUGAAGAAUUUAAUUUCAUAAUUUUAAUUUUACAAUAAGCAUAGGAUUUAAGGUUGGUCUUUCCCCCUUCUAGGCAUCUGUUUUUGUUUUUGUUUUUGUUUUUUUUUCUCACUUCAACUAUAAAGUUCUUUUUUUUUUUUUCUAAACAGGUCUCUUAUUGGUAUGCAAGGCAAUCUUCUUAACAAAAGUUAAGUAAGUUAGGAAACGAUUGUCUUCUACUGCUUAGGAUGUCUCUAUGGCAAAAGUCAAAGAUGAGAUGUGAUUAUAUAAAUUCAGAUGUUUUGAUCUCUUAAUGCUACCCUAGCAGUUCUCUUAUCAAUUUCUUCCACUCUUUUGUGAAAAGACAUUUUGCAGAAGUACUGCUUGGAAAUUAAAUUGCAUCUAAGUAUAUUUUUUUCCAUACACUCACUUCCAUUAAUGAUGAUUAAAGCUAAAAUUUCCAUAACUAGGAGAAAUUUCCUCUUCUAAAAAAAAAAUCCUGACAGAUCUCAUCUCCUUUGCAUAAUUUGGGAUUGGACAUAUGGCAGGCUUCUGGGGCUUAAAUGAUUUCUUUUCAUAAGACCUGAGAUACCUCCCACUGCAGGAAUCCUGAAAUCAGUGACUAGCCUCUUCAGAGAUACACACCUUAUUUUGAGUGGUUCCAUGGCCAGAAAUGUUACAAAAAAAAAAAAAAAAGGAACUGAAGAAGUGGCUGCAGACCUAGAAACAGAACAUUCGGAUGGCAGAGGCUGCUUGGCCUGGCUCUGAGCCAUAGCCCCUCAGCUGAGUAGGUAAUCCUGAUUUAGCAUUGUUUCAGAAAAAUCAAAAUUUAUCUUUGUCCUUCUCUCUCCCUUUCCAAGAAGAGAGGUCAGACAUCUCAGCUACUGAUGCAAGAAGCUCUGACAGAAGAUAAAGCCACCAGUUGUUCUAUUCCUAGAAAAUAAACUAGAAACCAGUAGUUUAAUGCCAUUGGUGGUAGUGGCUAUUGUGAACAAAAAUGCUCAAAUCGUGAUUCUAGGCAUUAAUUUUCAGAGACUCUAGAGAUUGAAGGAUGUUACAGGACUACAGAUAGAAUCUGUUCCACAUAGCCUUCAUGAAAGUCCCCCCCACCUCCAUUGCAUUUGCCAAAAACCCUUCUUGGCUAGAGGCUUCUCCUUUUCUUUGUAAACCAAGCGGGAAGCUUCUGAGAGCAAACUGGACUCCAGGGAAGAUUAGCCCAUCCAGCCAAUGGACAAUUUCUGAAACUGGAGAAUCUCUGUAUCCUGAGACAUGAAAAAUAAAUCUCUGGAAAUUCUAAAAUAUACUUCUAGGACAUUAGUACUCCAGGCCUUGUCAUUUCUGAUCAGCUUAAGAGUCUAUUUGGAGUUUAUUUUAGAAAUUUACCUUGAAGGUCCUUACAUAGUUGCUGAAAGUUUUAUGUCAGUAAACAUAAACGGAUACAAGAAGUAUUUUUUUCCCUCUAUCUCUGUCUCUGGGGAAAUGGACCUUAAAAGAAUGUCUGGUCCCAUUGUUAUGUUUAGCCAACCGAGGUAUGGACCAUAUGGCUCCAAGAACCUUGCGAGUAUCAGGCAGCCUCUGUGACCUGCAGGUCAACUGACCCCUAGCUACUCAAGAAAUGUCUACCCAGGAUGGGUCCAGAUGUUUUUAGUGCUUCAAGAGAAGUCUGCAUCUGGGAAGGAGCUCCAUGGGGCCAGGCUACUGUCAGUGAUUUUGGCUGAAUCAGAUGUGUUUGCCCUUUUGCUGCUGGCACGGAAAGUCAUACACAUGUUCCUACCUUUUGAAGGGCAAAGAUAGUCAGACUGUAUACUAACAAGAUGUGUGUAUAAAACCUUGCUCUCUCCCCCUCUUCUCCUCUCCCUCUUUCUCUCUUUUAACCUUUGGGUACACAGGACAGUGCUUACAAUUCAGGAGGUCUGUAAACUUGAAUUUUUUUUUUAAAUCCUUCUCUCUACAACCUGCUAAUGGAAAGUUAGCAUUUUGUCUCCUGUGAAAAUGAGAAGCAAACAUUUUCGGCAUGCUCACCAGGCUUCCAAAGGGUCCUGAAAAUAGCUGAAAAUGUUUUUUUUUUUUUUUAACAAAACCCUGUUCAGUCUGUAUUGUUAUUCAAAGCUUUUUAAUGGGGAUUGGAUCACAGGAUAUAUAUUAAGAAUCUAUGUUGAUUCAAAUCAAAUAAUUAACCAGAGUUAAAAUGGACCCCGAAUUUGACACAUCCUGAACAAUUAAUUGUAUACCCUCUAGGUUUAGGUGAGAGAAAAGGAAUUUUAGUUCCCGGGCUGUGUUAUGGCAUAAGUGCACCUGCACUCAGGUUUACUAUCUCAGUCGGAUGGAUAGAAAUACCUGGGCAGGAAGGGACACACCUCUGUUUUCAGCUUCUAUGUUGUGUUUCAAGCCCUUUGGAGGCUCAGCUCAGACCCAACUGAAUACAUACUUUAUUUUUUCUCAGAGGUCAGACUUAAACCUCACUGAAAUUUGGUAACUGUCUAGCGGUAAAGGGGGAAAGGAAAACAAACCAAGGGACCAGAUAGAAGCACCUCUCAUUAAAGGGCUACCUAUGGGAAGUAAAUGAAUCUUUCAGAGUGAGAGGUAAAUUCUCAGAGUCUAGAUUUUAAAAUGUCAGGAAAGGUCUUGGCUUAGGAAACAGAAGUCGAUUGUCUCUCCCUCUCCUUAGUGUGUGUGUCUCUCUCUCUCUCUCUCUCUGUGUGUGUGUGUGUGUGUGUGUGUGUGUGUGUGUGUGUGUGUGGGUGUGUGCUCACAGAAUCUGUUUGUAAUUUCCUAAGUCUUCCCUAAUGCAGAGCAGAGAGAUACAGACUAUUCAAAGCUAGAGAAAUUAUUGGGGAAGUUAAUCCCUUGCUAAAUCCCUUGCCCCAAGCAGGGAUGAAUGACGAAUGUACCAAGCUUUAGAAAAUAAGUCAAUUAUUAAAAAAUAUUUUAAAGCCUUGUUUAAGGGGCAGGAGUGUAGCUCCCUUGGUGGAGUCCUAGUUCCCUUUUCAGCAUUACAUUCACUCAUAUGUGCUGAUGAAUAUCUAUGAACCCAGCACUUGGAGAGUGCAGGUAGGAAAAGCAGGAAUUCAAAGUCAUUCAAAUUCUAGACCAUCCUGGGCUACAUGAGACCUUGUCUCAACAACAAAUUAAAACAAAUGAAGGGGGGGGGCUUUAUUUACUAAUCAUGGAACCCUCAGGGAGAGACCAGUUCAAAUCAAUUCUAAGUUAGUGUUCCAUGUAACUUGUUCAAACUUCUCCCUUCUCUUAAAGGGCUAUGUUUUUGUUUUUGUUGUUGUUGAUGAUGAUGAUGUUGUUUCUUCUCAAUCUUUAGAACUCUCUUUAAAAACCCAAAGGUUUCUGGGUCUUGUCCACAUGUUCUUUGUCAACAGAGGAUCCAAGAACUUUCUUUGGCAUUUUUGAGCACAAGGACAGAGUCAGGGCCCUGAGCUCAGGAAGCAGUUGAUCCUAGGACAGACAAGGUCAGUCAUUCCUGAGCCAAAAUUGAAAUCUUCAAUUGGUUUUCGUCAGUCAGCUAUAAUGGUAGUUCUAGACUGAAGGCCAUGGAUGUGCCAACUGUGCCAUCCACUCUGUAGAGUCCUAAAGUGAGCAAGGACUAAGGUCAAAGUUUCUGCAACAAGUAGCCACAGACUGGAAGCUAUCACAGUUGUCACUGGUGGAACCUUCAUCUGGUACCACUGCACAGAAUUCAGGACCCCCAGACUAGUCCCCUGGCCCAUGGACUGGAAGGAAAGGAUCUGUUCCUUCUAUUUGUGUAUUUGUGUGCCUUGAGCCGUUUAUUUAUUUAUUUAGCCAGAAUACCCGCGGGUAGAUAAAUGUGAGCUAUGAUGAAAAGAGACCUUUCAGGGAGCCUGAAGUGAGUUUGGAACAGUCCCUCCUCAUGACCUCUUCUGGUCCAGUCUCUCUAGUCAGGGUGGGAUUCUACUUCUAGGACUGCCAGUCACCGAGAGGAGGGAGAGGCAAGGCUAAUUGGCAGGAGUAGAGAAGAAGAGGAAAGGUAGCAGCUGUGGACACCAUGGGCCCCAGCUCGCCGCUUCUUCGAACCCCUCCGUGCUUCCGGGCCUUCACGAGCAGCCUCCUCAGGCCUCCCACAGCCGUCCUUUGAACGGACUCCUGCGUCUGGGGAUCCCUGGAGACAUGUAUGCGAGGUCGGAACCUUUUGCACCAGGGCCUAUGGCCCGCAGCGACACUCUGGCAACAGCCACAGCCCUGCACGGUUAUGGCGGCAUGAACCUGACCAUGAACCUCACCGCACCCCAUGGCCCUGGAGCCUUUUUCCGCUAUAUGCGCCAGCCCAUCAAACAGGAGCUCAUCUGCAAGUGGCUAGGGGAUGACAGCCCGAUGUCCCCGCGUCCCUGCUCCAAAACUUUCAGCACCAUGCACGAGCUGGUCACGCACGUCACUGUGGAGCACGUCGGUGGCCCAGAGCAGGCUAACCACAUUUGCUUCUGGGAGGAGUGUCCGCGACAGGGCAAGCCCUUCAAAGCCAAAUACAAACUUGUAAAUCACAUCCGCGUGCACACGGGCGAGAAGCCCUUCCCUUGUCCUUUCCCAGGGUGUGGGAAGGUCUUUGCUAGAUCAGAAAAUCUCAAAAUACACAAACGAACACAUACAGGCGAGAAACCUUUCAGAUGUGAGUUCGAGGGCUGUGAGAGGCGUUUCGCCAACAGCAGCGACCGCAAGAAACAUUCGCACGUGCACACGAGCGACAAGCCUUAUAUGUGCAAGGUGCGCGGGUGUGACAAGUGUUACACGCACCCCAGCUCUCUGCGAAAGCACAUGAAAGUUCAUGGUCGCUCACCGCCACCCAGCUCUGGCUACGACUCGGCUAUAACGUCUGCUCUCGCGUCGCCCUCGUUAGAAAGCGGCCGUGAGCCCUCAGUGGCUUGCUCUGCGGCGGUGGUUGUGCGUGGCACAGACGUGAGCGAAUGAUGUUGCUUGCAAGGUAAUCUUGCCCUGCGCAGCUGAGCGCCCGCAUCUUGCGCCUGCGACAUCAAAGGGCUCUCUCACAAAGCAGUGUUUCUUCGCCACGGUGCAUCUUCAUGGUAAGUUAGGAUUUCUAUGGCAAUGGGCAAGUCUCACUGAAAUCCUGAAAGGCCGAUCCUGGAGCCCGUCCAGGCUUUUCAUUAAGGACAUAAUAUUUACGUCUAACAGGCCUUUUUUCUUGUGUAUACAAGUAUAUAUUUUUGUUUGACGCGGACUAAAUCAUUUUCAUUUAAUUUCCGGUAAACAAAACCCACGCGAAUGGGCACUUGUUCCCGAUCAUAAUAAAAAUGGAUAAUAAUGCGAGGGAAGAAAAGGGCCGCUUGAAUCGCCGCUCAGCUCUCUUUGUUUCUGCUUUCUGCGGUGAUCAGAGGGCGUAUUUGGGUUUGAUGGCGAGUUUCUAAAGGCGAGGAAAUGGUUUGUAAGAGGGAAAAGAAAAGGAGAAAGGUCCAAUCAAGCUCGGGUUGUUCAAAGAGUCGCGUUUUGGGGUUGAAAGUGUGAGUUUGACGGUGCAUCAGCAUGCCGCGUUAGGCUCGCCAUGGAAAUGCGCGCGGGGAGCGGCCGCUUCAAAGGCGGCACACUUCACUGCGGACACUCUAUUAAGAUACAUUUGCGCUGACCUUUGCUUUCACGCCAUUUAAUACUGUCACUGUGCUCUCCAGUAUAUACUUCCUCCCAGGACCUGUCUUGCCAGUGUUUAGGGGUUCACUAUACAUCCUAAUGUAGCGGGCUUUGGCACCCGGGAUUCUUUCAAGAAAGGGAGGAGGAACCGGACCCGAACAUCUUGACAGCGCCCAUAGGCUCCAGAGUCAGAGUAAAUGACUAGGGCAUCCUGAGAAGCUUACCAAGGGAGCAUCCCCAGUUGAGUUGUGUGCAACAGAAUGAGGAUUUAAGACGAAGGUGGCCAACUUGGGGGAAGUAUGGGAACUGUUAACUAUGCCUCGGGGACAGUUAGUUUCCCUGUGUUCCCCAGAGGUGCCAUACUGCUUCCUAACCCUAGAAGUCUCUCAGCCCCUUAAGCUUUUCCUCUGACGUGCCACUGUGUGGUAUCCUUAGGUCUGGGCUGGCUUUUGGGUACAAACUGAAAAGCCCAAGGCCAAGGGGAUGGGGAAGAUGGCAGCAAAGUUAGAAGUCCAUGUUCCCUUAAUUGUCUUGUUGUUUAUUUUAUCCAAGUACCCUAGUGAAUAGGGGAAAAAUAAACACGGUGGAAAAAAAUCAAACAGUAGAGUCUUCUUUAGUGCCCGUCCUUGUGGUUGAAUAAAAAGGAUGGUCUGCCUUCUAUUGAGCUGAGAAAUCUUUGAAGUGGGAGUUAUUAUCUGAGACAUUCCUGCUUGUCGUCCUAACAACGCUGGUGAAAUGUAAAAGGUUCUUUGUCAGCGAUUUGUUCUCCUCUCUGUCAAACUCACUUUGCCCCAUUGGUUCCAAACCAUUGCUAAAGAGAUAAAAUCAAAUUUCUUUAAAAAGAAAAAGAAGAAGAAGAGAAGAAAAGAAAAGAAAAAAGACCCCUACACUCCACCAGUAGAUAACUUUAGGAAUAAGUUUUGCUAUGAGGGACCCUCCCUCCCCCAAAGCAACAAAAAAAAAAAAAAAAAAAACAAAGCAAAACAAAACCCACAAAACCAUUGUGUAGUUUCAGUCCUGGUGAUGUGUGUAGAUGUGGGAAGGCCGUUUGCACAAACACUGGUACUUUAGGUAAUGCAAGAAGGAAAGAGGUAGAGGGUGAGUGUACCAAGUCGAUGCUCUGGAUGGUCCUGUGACCGUGCAUUCUGUCCUUGCCUGCAUCCCAUCCACCCAGAUUUACUAACUGGAUGAAUUUUGCUGGAGAUCACUUCAGCUCCAAAUAGUCCCACUUGGGAUAUUUGGAACUUAAGCCUGAAUACAGGUAAUGUUAAAGCUUUCCCCUUUUCCAAGAAACUUCUGGUAUAAAUAGAUCCACUGUGUUUCCUAACCAUUAGCAGCAAUCAGCACACCGUUUCUGUCAUUUAAUCUAAAGGAUGGUAGCAUAAGGGAGAGAAACAUUUUAAUAUCCCCCCCCCUUUUUUUUCCUAAUCAUCUUGGAGUUCAGAAGGUUUGGUUUACAUGAUAGUGGGGAAAAAAUGCAUGCACGUGCCUCCUCCCUCCCUAUGUGCACUUCUUCAUUUUAUAGUGUGCCUAGAAUGGAAACUUUGCCCCUGGUCAGGUUUUCUAGACCUCCUAUUGUAGUUUUAAAGGUGAUGAAAAUAGAUAAGGAUGUUCCCAUCACCCUGCUCCCUGUGCUUACUAAAUGAUUUGUGAAGAACUGUCCCCAAGUUGUAACCCAUGUACUCCCUUAGAGUUGCUGCAAAAUGUCUCUUAUAUUGAUGUUGUUUGUUUACCUGACUCUCCAUAUGUCUGUUUGUAUUGCCAAUUUAUGGGGAAAAUGUAAUGAUUGCAAUGAAAGUGAAUUAUACAUCCAGGCAGAUCUCUUAUAGUCAUAACUGACAUAAACACAAGUCUGAGUCAACUGUAAGAUUAUUCGUACCUUGUCUAGCUACACUGUGAUUUUAAAAUCUUUCCCCUUAACAGCAGUUAAGUUAUGAACUAAUUUGAAGGGGAAAAAAGUUGUUGUGUAUAUUUGUCAGUGGUUGUUGAAUAAAGUUCAAAGCUGAGGCAUAAUCUCCUUGAAAACAUGUACCUGUGAGUUAAAUAAAAUAAUUUUUCUCCCUCCAAAACACUCUGGAUGUGUAGCUUCUUUUUGCUGUGUUAUUUGGAAAUAAAGGAUUUGAUGUUUUCUUUCCUCCUUGGAA